AUGUAUCUCCGCAACGACCACGCCGAAAAGAGCCUCCCGGUGCUGCGGAAGCUCGUCCGCGAGAACCCGCUCGGCCAGUUCACCACCGUCAUCGCGUCGCCAAACUUCCCCCUCAUCCAGAGCAGCCACAUCCCCUUCAUCCUCGACGUCGACGAUGAGUCCAGCGAGACCGAGCUCGGCGUGCUGAGGGCACAUAUGGCCCGCGCAAACCCGCAGGCCAAGGCCAUCAUCGAGGACAUCAAGAACCGCCAGGCCGCCGGCGAUGCCUCUCGAACGCUGCAGCAGGACGUGCUCGUCAUGUUCACCUCGCCCGUGCACCACUACGUCACGCCCAAGUUCUACACCACCACAAAGCCCGCGACGGCCAAAGUCGUGCCCACGUGGAACUACGCCGCCGUGCAGGUCUACGGCAAGGCCACCUUCUACAUCGACUCCAGCGCCGAGGAGACGUCGGCGUUCCUCGACCAGCAGAUUGACGCGCUGUCCAGCUUCAACGAAGAGGUCACCAUGGGCUACACCGGAGAGGGCGGCAGGCCGUCGGCGUGGAAGGUGGCCGAUGCGCCGGAGCCGUACAUCAACAUCAUGAAGAAGAACAUCAUCGGGCUGGAGAUUAAGAUUGAGCAGAUGGGCGGCAAGUUCAAGAUGAGCCAGGAGAUGGGCGAUGGCGACUCCGACGGCGUGAUCAAGGGGUUCCAAGACUUGGGGAGCGAGGUUGGGACCAAGAUUGCGGGCAUUGUCGAGGAGCGGAGGGAGAUAAAAAGGCAGCAAAAGGCGAGCAAGCAGAGCGAGUGA